GAGGACUCCUCGCCCAAUGGCGAAAUUGGCGGGGGCGGAUGAAAUUGAGAUGGAGGGGAAGAAAACCCAUGAGAUGACGGUGCUUGAGGAUGAACGGAAUCGAUUGGGCGAACUGGUAGAUGGCUUAGAAGGAGAGGAAGAUCGGAAUCAAGCUAUUUUGAAGCUUCUCGAUUCCAUGGAUCACUACUUAACCCAAGUCGAUUCUCUGACUUCUACGCUUCGUCAGGGGUGGCUGGACUUGGCGAGCGCCAGGCAUUCCAUGGGCACUGCGCGCAUCAAUUACACCUUGCUGGACCUCAAAGAACACGACGCUUCUACUUCAUUGCGGGUUAUCUCAGAUGAUGAUGGUGUUGCGGUAGAUGAUUCAACGGGGAAGCAAAAACCACGAUUUCAGUUGCGGAAAUGGGGAUCCUUGGACAAGCAGAAUUUCUCUGCUGAGGAGCAUAAGGAAUCCUCAGGCAGUUUAAAGCAAAGACAUUGUGGCGAUUCCCAACCUCCUGAAGAUGCUAGCAAGUCUGAAAAUGGAGCUCAGCUUGAGACUGAUGACAGGGUAAAGAAUGAGCGGUCCAAAACCCUUGCUGUGUUCGGAACACUGGUUUCUCCGAAGCUUCGAGCUUCCCAACUGUCAUUUGAGAAAGCAAUAGAGAUGAUUGUAGAGAUAGCUAGUCUUCGUUCGGAGAUCCUUCUUGCGUCAGAUCAAGUCCAAAGACUGUUGGAGGGUGCGAAGAGGGUCACAUAGAGGUUGAUAGUCAGGUAUUUACAAGCCAGUUGUUCUUAGCCCCAUCAAUCAUUCCGAUCUGUUCUUCUUGCAAUGAUCAUGAGGUCAUGGUUGAAUGUACAAAAGUUCAUCCUAAAAAAUUAUCAGUUUCUCUGUGCAUCAUUUUCUUGUUCCUGUGGCUUACACAAAAUCCUUGAAUCUUUUCUAUUGGUUUCCAGUGCCCAACUGAGCCGAUCUGUUCUAUUAGGGCUAGUGUUCCGUGAAAGUGAUUCUAAUGAGUAAAAGAGAGAAGAUUCUGCUGAGAAGGAACUGUUUUCAGAUUUGUGUACAGUUGAAAGUCAUUCUUUGAAAGAUAAAAAGUGGGUACGCUUUAUCACCCUAAAAUUUUUACUACUGUUUCACUAUUUGUCGCUUUGCGGAAAGGGGGUUUGUGUUCUCCGUAGGGUGGGUGGUCGCGGCGGCCAGAAUGGCUUCGAUUGGGUCGGAUCAGAAACAAAUUCCACACGCUUUCCGUAAGCAUGUUCCAGUUCGCCCCUACCGCAAACCCUGCAAUGAAGUGUGUUCUUUUUGUCACCGCGUCGCUUCACCAUUCCCGGAAUCGCCGGUCUGCCACUCAUAACCCACACCAAUGACCAAUGUCACGACUCCUUCCCGAUGCUAUCAGCUACUCCCGCACGCCACCUCCCAUGUUAGCACGUCGUCUCUCGCAUCUCUCUUCUUCAGUAGAGAUUCAUUUUCCAAUCUAUAUUUUGGGUGAGGAGCGAGAGUCAAUUAGGAGGAGGAGGAAAAUGAGAGCAUUACCAUCUCAUACUUCGUUUCCAGAUUGGAGAAUCAUUGUCGCCGAACGAGCCUGCUGUAGUGCCGAAUGAUGUAGUCGGAAUCGAGGGGAGGCGGAGGGAAAGGAGAGCAGGCGACGAUUAGGUUCGGGAUGUGAGGGUCAGGCUGGGAAUAAACGGAGUCGGAUGUCGAGGUGCCUGUGUUGAUUCCAGCGGUGGAGAAGAGCCGUCGAAGAAGGUCGGUGUGGGGGUGAAGCAGGGUGGAUAAUGAUGGGUUAGUUCUACGCUUAUUUUCUUCUUCUUCUUCCUUCCGUUGUGUGCCCCGAAAUUAUGAUACUGUGUUUGAAUGUGUUAGAGGUGAACACCCUUUUCUAUUAAAAUGCAGCUACUUUAUUCCUAGAACAAAAUGGCUUUGUACAGGUUGGCCAAGGGUUAUGCUUUUGUGAAGUGCACAAGCAAAGGGGCUUUAGUGUUCUUACGACUUCUUUCACUUGCUGUUCUUAUUUCAAAGAUUGUAUCUUAUUGAUACUUGGUUCUGUGUGCAGUCUGUUGUUGAGUAAUUUCCCCAUCUCACUGUGGCAUGACUGAACAAAUAGUUCAUUGGAUUCUCAUAAUAUAGGCAAGGUCUUUCAUUGUUUGCUCAUCUUGAUUUGAUGCUAUCACCUCUACUAUUGCAUCAUUACGAUGCUUUUGAUUCUCUGGUCGGUGGGUAGAUAAUAGAUUAUAAAAUGACUCGAUUGUGGUUGAUAAUGGCGUUCUCUGUUUUUAUGAAUAAUAAUGGAGGUUAAUGUAUAUAAAAUUACCCUUUUCUCCUUCACCAUAAAUACGAAAACAAGGUUUCACAAAACUUGAACAAGAUUGACUUCAGAAGAUUUGUGGUGUUUGGUUGCACAUGAACAUGGGUGAGGAUUGGACAGAUUCUUUUAUAAAUUAAUUUUUUCUUGAUUUUGAAAAAUUAUUGAUUUGACAUGUGAGCUUUGGUUGGAUUAUAGGUAAGCUUUAAUUUGCUUCUCUUGGAUUCAACAAAGAACACGGUUGGUGCCAACAAGCUUUGAUAGUAAUGUUUAUGUUUCUAUGAUGCAUGGUUCGUGGCUGAUUUGCUUAUAGCAGGUAGUCUCAAUUAAAGUUGUUUCUUCAGUUUUAUUUUACCUUCUUUGUUAGAUUCAAAUUCCCUUAUAUCGCUUAGUUUGAUAGAAUGUAUCAACCCAAAUCACAGGACGAGGAAGCAAAGGUAACAACAAAGGACCGGUUGGAUAUAGUGGAGUUCACGCAUUGAACUGAAGUCAACAAUCAUUCAUGGGCAGCCAACAAUCAUUCAUGGUACAGAUCAAAUGAUCAAUGUUGUUUUAUCUCUUCCCCUUUAUCUUUAGUUCAUUUAGCUUACUACCUGAUGUGUUAGGCCUCUUUACGAAGUUGAGAUGCUUGAUUGAUGCCAUAGAGCCUCCAUUAUCAAUUGAUAGCGCCAGUUUACGUGUCUUUUUAUGCAACCGUAUAAAUUGAGAAAUGUAAUUUGCUGCAACUAAUAACUACAAUGUGAUUACUCAAAAUCCUUAUUUCAGUUUCAACUUAUAGUUUGAAAGCUUUAACUGGGGUUCUUAAUCAUUACUCGGGGACUGGUUCCUUUUCCUUUGGUGGUGUCAUCUUCUUAGUUCUUACAGUUGUUUUUGCCAUCAUUUGUGUUUGUUUAUUUUUGUUUUAGGUGUUCACUCGGAUUCUAUAAAGGGACGCGCUUUUUAGUAGAACGUCGCUAGAAGGCGAUGAUCCAUUGGCGUUUGUAAGGCUCGCAGCUACAACACUUUUACCUUAUCUUGAGGUCGGUACCAGUAUAAUGCAUCUAUAUGCGUUCCAUUCAUUUUCGCUACCAUAUUUAAUAUAUGCUUAUCAGCUGGUUCUCCAUCUGGCAAGCCCUUUUGGAGACCAGUUCUCUUAUAUGCAUUCAGUUUAGAUAGCUCAACCAACUGUAGCUUUGACGCAAAACUCAUUCAUUUACUGGUGGCUAGAUGCUCUACUUUGUCAUUGUCCUCUUUGUUUGUUUAGUGUUCUUCAGCCCUUGGUAAUAUGCUUUGUUCAAAUGCCAAGACAUUUGUUAGCUUAUAUAGUUAUAUUUAUUACUUUUAUGAGGACUUUCUCCUCCUUGCAAUACUCUUGGCGAUCAAGUUUACCUUUACUACUUCUUCACUUUAAAGUUCAAUCAUUGGUUGUUUCCUUUCAAACUUUGGUGAACAUUUCAUAGUGCCAUAGUUGAAUGACUAUGGUUUUUGGUUUGAAAUUGCUCUUAUGUUUCUUAUCUCAAUGUCAUAUGUUGCAUAUGUUUUCUGUAAGUGAUUACAAGUUUUGGUUGGAAAGCUUUUGUAGGCCAUUUACUGCACUCUUUAGUGACACUAACCAGUUUCAAUUAUAUAGCUUCCACCUCCUUGGGUAUGGUUGACACAUCAAUUCUAUCGAGCAGAUUGGACUGCUUAUGCUACUAAAAAAAAUUCAAAUUAUUUUUCCUGUUAGCUCAGUUAUUGUGUGUUGAUGGAAACCUGCAAUCUCAUUAUAUCUUCCCUUAGAAUGAGAGGCACAUCAAUUUCAGCAAUAAGUUUUAAGGUCUUACCUUAUUCUUAGCUUUCAUAUUAAGCUGGUUGCUCUUCAUUCACUUUUUGUAUUUCUUCUGAUUCAUGCAACUAAAUUCAUUAUUUAUCAUGGAUUUCCAUAGAGUAACAGCUAUGCUUCCUCAUCACCUAGAAUUUUAAUGUGAAUGUUUGUUUAUGUUAGGAUUCAUGGAUUUCCGGAGGAUAUUUUUUCUGUCUCAUUUUGUUGUGGUCCUGCAAAACCUCUUUCGGACUACUAUUAGUCCUGAGGCUUAUCGCAGGAAACUGUCUCUUCCCUUUUGAAGGCGAUCCCGUAUUUGUAGCAAGGACUUCGUCACCACACAAGCCAUUAGCUUCGACCAUCAUGAGGUGUUUCAGUUGCUGCAAGUGCCAGCCCUGACGUUGCCCAGCUCCAGCCUUUUGCACAUGAAGUCAUCGUUGAGUGAGUCCAAGGAAAGUACUUUGCGUUGGAAGUAUACUUUUAUGAUAUGCUUCAUUGGAACAAGAUAUGAUCGUCACAACUCUUUAGAGUCCCCUUUGUUAAAACAUUCAUCGAAUUUAGAUAAACCAGCCAAUGAUCAUCGCAUAUGCAUAUUCUCUAAAUAUAUCCUUCCCCUUAUU